AAUCUACAAGAUAACGACAAGGCUGGCACUCUGCCCGGAGGUCGCUACUGCAAACAGUUCGUCAGUCGUCGCCAUUCUUUUCUUCCUUCAUCCUGUGCAAAAUCAACGUCGACAUCAUUGCCCAUCAUGUUUUCUGUUGGGAAAGUGAUCUCAGCGACGGCAUCCGCCCGUUACAAUGCGAGUAAGACGUUGAUGAGGACGGCUUGGUAUUCAGUGGCUGCUAUUCCAGCGCCACAGAAGAAUCCAGACAUUAUAUACAAUAAGCUCUUUAUCAACAAUGAAUGGGUGAACUCAGUCAGUGGUAAAACAUUCCCUACCAUUAACCCCGCCACAGAGGAAGUGAUUGCCGAGGUAUCCGAGGCUGACAAGGCUGAUGUAGAUAUUGCCUAUGCUGCAGCCAGUGAAGCUUUCAGGCUUGGAUCCCCAUGGCGUACAGCCAAUGCAUCCCACAGGGGUAAACUCCUCAACAGAUUGGCUGAUUUAAUGGAGAGGGACGCAGCAUAUCUCGCCAGCCUGGAGACUCUGGAUAACGGUAAACCAUACCAAGAUUCCUUCACCAUUGAUGUACCAGGGUCUGUAGCAACACUCAGAUAUUAUGCUGGAUGGGCUGACAAAAUUGAAGGGAAAACAAUUCCUGUUGAUGGAGAUUUCAUGACAUAUACGAGGCAUGAACCAGUAGGCGUCUGCGGGCAGAUCAUUCCUUGGAAUUUCCCGCUGUUGAUGCUGGCCUGGAAGUGGGCUCCUGCUCUGGCUUGUGGAAACACCAUCGUGAUGAAAACAGCAGAACAGACACCUCUCACUGCACUUUACAUGGCUGAACUCGCCAAAGAGGCUGGAUUUCCACCAGGAGUGAUCAAUGUUCUGUCGGGAUAUGGACCUACUGCUGGUGCAGCAAUCGCCAGUCACCCAGGCAUUGACAAGGUUGCGUUUACAGGAUCUACAGAGAUCGGAAAAAUCAUUCAGCAAGCAGCAGGAGCAUCGAAUAUUAAGAAGGUCACCCUUGAACUUGGCGGAAAAAGUCCCAACAUCAUCCUUGCAGAUGCGGAUCUUGAGCACGCGGUAGAGCAGAGUCAUUCGGCCAUCUUCUGGAACAUGGGCCAGGCCUGUUGUGCUGGAUCUAGGACCUUCGUUGAGGACCGGGUCUAUGAUGAGUUCGUAGAACGCAGCGUGGAACGUGCUAAGGCUAAAGCCGUCGGUGAUCCUUUCGAUAUGAGCAAGAACCAGGGACCACAGAUCAAUGACGAGCAGUUCAAGAAGAUCUUGGGUUUGAUUGAAAGCGGGAAAUCAGAUGGAGCUAAAUUAGCAACAGGAGGUAGUCGCCAUGGGGACAGGGGUUACUACAUUGAACCAACAGUGUUUACAGACGUAAAUGAUAACAUGCGAAUCGCUAAAGAAGAGAUCUUUGGACCAGUGCAGAGCAUCUUUAAGUUCAGUGAGAUGAAUGAAGUGAUCAACAGGGCCAACAACACAGAGUACGGGCUUGCUGCAGCUGUAUUCACAAAAGAUAUCGACAAGGCCCUCUACGUUUCUAAUUCGCUCAGGGCGGGAACCGUCUGGAUCAAUUGCUACAACGUAGUAAGCACUAUGGCUCCCUUUGGAGGGUACAAGAUGUCUGGUACUGGUCGAGAACUAGGCGAGUAUGGUCUGGAAGCCUACACGGAAGUCAAAACUGUCACUGUGAAGAUCCCGCAGAAGAACAGUUAAAAUGUUUGGGCUUGACAUGAAAUAAUUUCUUUCAAUGAUUGGUUAAUUGUUUCGAAGAACGUAAAAUAACAUUUCCGAAUUAAUAUGAGAAGUGCCUGAAUAAGUACAUUGAUGCGGGUGUGUUUCAGAGUGGCCGUGAGUGAAUAGUGUAAUUGCAUAAUCUAUAACUGAAAUGCAUUAACUGAAAUUUGAUGAAAAAAAUCAAAGGUAAUUAGACGAAAGGUGCUAAUACUCGGUGAUAAAAUCAUUUCUAAUUGGAUGGGAGAUGGAUGUACGUGAGGUCCAAAUAUACGGAUGUGUAUAUCCGUGCGUGAGUAAGUGUAUGUAGUGUGUGUGUGGGUGUGUGCGUGUGUGUGCGCGCGUAAGUGAGUGUGUGCUGGCUGUUUGAGUCUGUGAGGGAGAUGGGAGGAUAAAGGUAUAAAUAUGUCUGAUUAUAGUCAUGUGAGAAUAAACUGUAUUUCUUGAUCUGAUAUUUUAUCGAGGCCAAAUCGUACUGAUGAAGUAUCUAAGAUGACCUUGUCGACAAUGAAUUUCUUUAAAUAGCGAGAGGGCUGCGUCAAAAUUUAUUAUAAAUCAUUGUUUGUUAAAAACUUAUAUUAGUGGUAAUUGUUGGUCCUUUUAUCGUGUGAUUUAUAUUCUUAUUUACUUCAUUACAAGUAUUCUAUUUCCAUUUAAUUACCCGUGCAAUUCCCAGAAUAAUUCGGAAAAUGUCAGCGUGGAGUAAGAAUAUUCAAAACAAUAAAACAUGAACAACAGCUGUGUUCAUACUCAUGAAUCGAAAAUGCUCUCGAUUUGGAUGUAGGAUAAAAAAAACCUUAAAAACAGCCCACGUAAAUGGAAUGUGUUCUUCUGAAAAUGGAAGUUUAGGCAUUGGCAACAUUUUAUUUGUUUUCCAUUCAUAUUUUGGAAAAGAAACUAUGUAGCCUCAUGAAAUAAUCGUUUUUCACUGUGUCAAUUGGUACCGCUGUGAUGUCCAGGGUUCCGUAACACAAAUAUUACUGAUUACCCUUGAUUUCUACGAUUGAUUGUACAUUGUACCCAAUGCAAUCAAUCGUAGAAAAUAUUCUACGAUCAUUGCUAAGCUUUGUGCUACGGGCCCCAGAUUGGUUUUACAUCAUCAAGGUUCUUGAGCUUGCAACAAUAUCAAUAUUACCUUCUUAUGAUGCUGCGUUGUGUAAUAAACGUAAUAAUGAAACAGGAAUCUUUUGAACUUGUUGAAAAAAUAUAAAGACUUUGCGUAAAAUAAAUAUCUUUAGAUACUUGACACUAUUGAGAAAGCUCUUUUUAUAUUACGUAUUCAUCUCCGAAGGAAAUUGAUGUCUUGCAAACAAUAUUGUUUGACUUCCAUUCAUUUUCACUUUAAGAAGACCUUGUACUUUACAAAGGCAUAGCCUUUUACGAUGAUUGUAUCUGUCUCAAUUGUUACUUAAUAUUAUAUACGAUUAGUUUAAUAUAUGGUUUACAUCAUGAAAGACCCCAGGCUGGUAAUGAUUAGUUUUAACUUUUCAUGAUUUGUGAUAUUUAUAGAAAAUAAAGGCAGCAUAGAUCAUUACUGAAUUUUAUAAGAAUUAAGAGGUUUCUUCUAGCAAAAUAUUGCUAGUACAAAGGAAAGAUCGAGGUUUUUUUGUUACCUGAUGUGGAAUAUUCAACUUCCUGUCUCAACCGCUGCUCAAAUAAUAUGGAGAUGGCAAUGGAUUUGAAAUAUGACACUGUAUGAAAUAAUUGCUCAAUAGCUUGUUUGGUACUCACCUAUGUGAUAUGUUUUUUAUAUUAUAAUUGUGGGUUAUUAAUAUAAACUAUUCAAAUCUCUCA